AUGACUGGCACGGUCGGCUCGUCGGCGUUUCCUUACACCACCGACUACGUUGUGAUGGCUGAGGCGGAAGAUUGUUGCGCUGUCCUCUGGCCCAUGCCAGCUGUCCUCUGCCUUUCUGGUGAAACCCUCCUUCCUACCAAGUCACCACAUCACAUGCUACCGAGUGUCUCAAUAUUCCUUUCCAAUUUUGCUCAAAUCACCACAUUUUGUCGUCGGAUGCGACGCCUGAGAUCGGACAAGUUGUCCAUCAGUAAUUUCACGAAGACGAAGCCGCCCCACUUUAAAGCCACACCACCACCCAACGCACUUUCAGUUGUUGAACAUCCUAGUCCGUCAAUUCGCAUAGCCGAUUGGCCAGAUUGGAGUGGCGAUCCCUCAUCGCCUGAGCAGGACUUCGUUCAAAUGGAGGAACCAACUACUUCACAAUCAAAUCAAGACGCCUUGGGUCCCUCUCGUACCAGUUGUAACAACAUAAGCGACAUGAAGUGGUUGGACAAGCGCCUCUGUCAGGUACUUUUUAGCAAAGGCACCGAAGACAGCGCAUUGAAUGCCCCUGUGGCAGUAUGUCGUUACAACAACGAGGAGAAUUUCGUUCGUCAGCUCUCGCGGACGCAGUUUUCUGCCAAUGUACGAACACCAAUGCGCUGUGUGAUCACCACACCAUGUCAUUACACAAGACUGCUGCAAUGCAAGAUGACACGCUACGUUUGUGAUCUACCUGUACUGCUGUCUGCUCACCCUCUUCGUCUCUGCGUAGACGUGUCCUCGGAUGUCCCGGAUUUCCACAAUCACUGGGACCACUUCUUGACGAUGGCAGGUGGCACUGCACCGGACAAAUAUGAAUGGUAUGAAAAAGUUGGCGAACGAAGAGUGGGGCUGCGCCUUAGCGAGUAUGACUGUGUCAUUUUCGAUGUUGAUUAUGGUGAGCUCGAUGUAGACCGUGGAUAUCUGAACGCCCUCGUGGAUAUCCUGACUCCACAGCAAACAUUCGUUAUGACAGGCACGAUGGCAGGAAUAAAAGGCCUCGACUCUAAUAUGGACUGCAUGAAGCAUUUGUUCUUCACGUUGGGUGGUUUCCACUUUCUCCCCUUCGCCAUGUUACCCACCAAUUGGCGCAUUUGGUGCAACAAAUCUCAAAACGACUCGAUCAUCAAUUUCGUGGAGAUUAUACGUUGGGCCUGCCUCGACAUCAUUUACAGGAGGACUUUCGCCAUUGCUUCUGCCCCAUCGACAGUCUCACAUCGAGUGGCGAUGAAGGUGUGCAGUGUCACUAGCCACAUCGAAGUGGACACAAGUCGGAUCUACAAGUGUCCUUCCAAACACUUGGGAGACGUGCAUGAACAUCUUAGUCGGUCGACAGACUUUGCUGUUUGGCUGGUGAUACCGCAUCGCUUGAGCGAGACCUUAGCUGCAUGA